AUGUCCUUUCUCGUCAUUUCGCAGCUCGACGAACGGUCAACGCUUCUGAACCUGAAACGCGUGUUCGGAGACCCAUCGUCUCUCCGCCUAUGGAACGACACAUCUUCACCGUGCGAUUGGUCGGAGAUCACCUGCCUCGCCGGAAACGUCACCGAGAUCAAUUUCUACAACCAGAACUUCACCGUGGAAGUUCCGACGACGAUAUGCGAUUUCCCAAAUCUCGAAUCACUCGAUUUGUCGUACAAUUACUUCCCCGGUGAGUUUCCGACAGUUCUUUACAACUGCACGAAGCUUAAGUAUCUCGAUAUCUCACAGAACAGCUUCAACGGAACACUUCCUUCCGACAUCGACCGUCUCUCACGCGAACUCGAACAUCUCGACCUUUCGGCUAACGGCUUCUCCGGCGAUAUCCCGAAGAAUAUCGGUCUCCUUUCGAAGCUCAAGGUUUUGAAUCUAUACCAGAGCGAAUACGACGGUACGUUUCCGUCGGAGAUCGGAGACUUGUCGGACCUCGAAGAGCUUCGCUUAGCGUACAACGACAAGUUUAUACCGGCGAAGAUUCCGACGGAGUUUGGGAAAUUGAAGAAAAUGAAGUACUUGUUUUUGAAGGAGAUGAAUCUAAUCGGAGAAAUCCCGGCGGUUGUUUUCGAGAACGCGACUGCUCUCGAGCACGUUGACUUAUCGGUCAACAAGUUAUCGGGUCGGAUCCCAGACCGGUUAUUCGGGUUGAAUAAUCUCACCGAUCUUUAUCUCUACGCAAAUGACCUAAUCGGAGAGAUCCCUAAAUCCAUCUCGGCGACGAAUUUGGUUCAGCUUGAUCUGUCGGCGAACAACUUAACCGGUUCGAUUCCGGAACCAAUCGGAAAUCUGACGAAGUUACAGUUUUUAAACCUGUUCAACAACGGGUUCACCGGAGAAAUACCACCGGCUAUCGGAAAAUUAUCGGUAUUGAAGGAGUUUAAAGUCUUCACCAACAAGUUAACCGGAGAAAUACCGGCGGAUUUUGGGUUUUAUUCAAGGUUAGAGAGGUUCGAAGUGUCGGAGAAUCAGUUAACCGGGAAAUUACCGGAGAAUCUGUGCAAGGGAGGGAAGCUUCUCGGAGUUGUUGUAUUCUCGAACAAUCUCACCGGAGAAAUCCCGGAGUCUCUCGGGAAUUGUGGGUCACUCCUCACGGUUCAGUUACAGAACAAUCGCUUCUCCGGUGAGUUUCCUUCUCGGAUCUGGACUGCUUUAGAUUUGUAUAGUUUGAUGGUAAGUAACAACUCCUUCACCGGAAAAUUACCGGAGAAAGUUGCUUGGAAUCUUUCGAGGAUCGAGAUCCAAAACAAUGAGUUUUCCGGUGAGAUUCCUCGGGAAAUCGGUACUUGGUCUUCUUUAGCUGAGUUCAAGGCCGGAAACAAUCGGUUCUCCGGUGUGAUUCCUAAGGAAUUGACAUCUCUUUCGAAUCUCAUAUCGAUCUUCCUUGAUUCGAAUAAUCUCUCCGGCGAAUUACCAGACGAAAUCAUCUCAUGGAAGUCGUUGAUAACGCUAAGUCUAUCCAAGAACAAGAUUUCCGGGAAAAUUCCGAGAGCUUUAGGAUUGUUGCCACGGUUGAUCAAUCUUGAUCUAUCGGAGAACCAUUUAUCCGGCAAAAUACCUCCGGAGUUCGGGAAUCUGAAGUUCACGAUACUCAACUUGUCAUCAAACAGGCUCACCGGAGAAAUCCCAGACCAGCUUGAUAAUCUUGGUUACGAGAAUAGUUUCUUGAACAACUCCAAUCUCUGUGCAGACAAACCGGUUCUCAAGUUACCGGAUUGUCGGAAAGUACUCGGGAGCUCGAAAAGGUUGCCGGGGAAAAUCCUGGCCAUGGUUAUAGUCAUCGCCGUUCUGCUUCUCGCUAUCACUCUGCUUGUUACGUUCUUUGUGAUUCGAGAUCACACAAGGAAACAAAGAAGAAGGAGAGGUUUAGAGACGUGGAAACUAACUUCAUUUCAUAGAGUAGAUUUUGCGGAAUCUGACAUCUUGUCGAAUCUGAUGGAACACAAUGUGAUCGGGAGUGGCGGAUCGGGUAAAGUUUACAAGAUAUUCACCGAAUCCUCGGGACAGUAUGUGGCGGUGAAGAGGAUAUGGGGCAACAAGAAAGUGGACCAGAAACUUGAGAAGGAGUUCAUUGCUGAAGUUGAGAUUCUGGGAACGAUCAGGCAUGCGAAUAUCGUGAAACUACUGUGUUGUAUCUCGAGGGAGGAUUCAAAGCUUCUGGUGUAUGAGUACAUGGAGAAACGCAGUCUGGACCAAUGGCUACAUGGCAAGAAGAAGAGAGGUACUGUAGAGGCUGAUAACCUGAGUUGGCCACAGAGGUUGAACAUUGCGGUUGGAGCAGCUCAAGGACUUUGCUAUAUGCAUCACGAUUGCAGUCCCGCUAUUAUACACCGAGAUGUCAAGUCAAGCAACAUCUUGCUUGAUUUUGAAUUCAACGCCAAGAUUGCAGAUUUCGGGUUGGCCAAAAUUUUGAUUAAGCAAAACCAACAACCUCAUACCAUGUCAGUUGUUGCUGGAUCCUUCGGUUACAUUGCUCCAGAAUACGCAUAUACAUCAAAGGUGGAUGAGAAGAUCGAUGUGUACAGCUUCGGGGUAGUUUUGCUAGAGUUGGUGACUGGAAGAGAAGGAAACAACGGAGAUGAGCACACAAACUUAGCAGAUUGGUCAUGGAGACAUUACCAAUCUGGUCGACCGGUCGUAGAGGCGUUUGAUGAAGACAUCAAAGAAGCUUCCAAGAUAGAGGAGAUGACAACAGUGUUCAAGCUUGGUCUCAUGUGUACUAACACAUUGCCUAGUCACAGACCUACCAUGAAGGAGGUUUUGUAUGUUCUUCGCCAACAAGGAUCUGAGGCGACAAAAAAAACUGCGACAGAAGCACAUGACGCACCUCUGCUUAUUAGCUUAUCGGGUCGAAGGACAAGUAAAAGGGUAGAAGCUGAAGAAGAUUUAGGUUUUGUAUAA